AUGAAAUAAUACAAUAAACAUUAAGGACCUAUUUGGAAAAUAAAUUGGGCUCACCCUCAUUUUGGCAAUAUAUUAGCAUCAUGUUCAUAUGAUAAGAGCGUAUAUUAUAUAAUCAAAAUAAUAAAAGUAAAUAAAUAAAAAAAGGUUGCAAUCCAUAAAGAAAGAUAAACAUAGAAUUAACCAAAAGUAUGGGAAACAGUAUGGAAAAGAGAAUAUGAAGGGUCAAUAAAUUAUUUAUAAUUCUCACCUUAUGAAUGCGGUUUUAACUUAGCUUGUGGAUCAUCAGCUGGAAAAGUAUACAUAAUAACAUUAAGACAAUAAGAUGGAUAAUUAUAAGAUUUUUAGUUUUAAGCUCAUGAAGUAGGUAUAAAUUGUUUAUGUUGGGAACCUUAUAAACCUGAUGAAAAUUUAACAUUUGAUUUAGUAGAAAGAUAAAUUAAUAAUUUAACAAAAUUAAUAACCGGAAGUGUCGAUAAAAGUUUAAAAAUUUGGAGUUUACAUAUAUAAAACGGAUAAUUAUAAUAAAAUUUAAUUUACGAAAUUAAAGGAAUACAUGGGGAUUGGAUUAGAGAUAUUGCCUGGUCUCCUGAUUCUUCUAAUUAAUAUGAUAUAAUAGCUAGUUGUUCAGAAGAUUCUAUUGUCAUUAUUUCUAAACUUUAAUGGGAUUAAAAUAAUAGAUAAUAUGUUAAUAUUGAAAAUAGAAUUAUUGAUUUUGUGAAAUUCGAUGGGCCAACAUGGAGAUUAAAUUGGAAUUUUGAUGGUAGUAUGCUAUCUAUAUCUACUGCUAUUUAAAAUAAUAAUAAUUAAUUAGUUGUUAUUUAG